AUGGUGUCGUUCCUCAACCUCCUCGCGCUCGCCCCUGCGGCUGUCUCAGCCGCUUCCAUCGGCGGCCCUUUGGCCCACCUGGCUCGCCAAAGUGACGCAGACUGCCGCUGCUACCCCGGAGAUGCAUGCUGGCCGACGGCGGCGGACUGGGAUGCCUUCAACCAGACCGUUGGCGGACGUCUCAUCGCGACGGUCCCCAUCGGCGCCCCCUGCCACGACAGCUCGUUCGGUUCCUACAACGAGGCCGAGUGCACGGCUCUCCAGAACGCCUGGGGCAGUCCGGAGACGCACAUCAAGACGUCGUCCUCGGUGAUGGCGGCCUUCUUCGCCAACCAGAGCUGCGACCCCUUCCUCGACCGAUCCGACCGUUGCAUCAUCGGCACCUACGUCCAGUACGCUGUCAAUGCCACUGGCGCUGACGACUAUGUCAAUACGAUCAAGUUCGCCCAGGACAACAACAUCCGCUUCGUCAUCCGCAACACCGGCCACGACUACCUUGGCAAGUCCACCGGUGCCGGCGCUCUGGCGCUCUGGACGCACCACAUCAAGGACAUCGAGGUCCUGGACUACAAGUCGGCGUCUUACACCGGCAAGGCUCUCAAGGUCGGCGCCGGUGUCCAGGUGGGCGAGGCCCAGAGCGUCGCGCACGCCAAUGGCCUCGUCGUCGUUGGAGGCAACAGCCCGACAGUCGGUAUUGCGGGAGGCUACACCCAGGGUGGCGGCCACGGACCCCUCGUCUCCAAGUACGGCCUCUCGGCCGACCAGGUCCUCGAGUGGGAGGUCAUCACGACCGCGGGCCAGAGGAUCGUCGCGACCCCUACCAACAAUACGGACCUCUACUGGGCCAUGUCCGGCGGCGGCGGUGGCGUGUACGCGGCCGCGCUGUCCGUGACGCUCAAGGUGUACCCCGACACCAUCACGUCCUCUGCCAACUUGACGUUCACCAACAGCGGCAUCUCGGACGACGUCUUCUACGGCGCCAUCAAGUCAUACCUGAAGGUACUGCCCGACAUCGUCGACGCCGGAGCUGUCAGCAUCUGGCUGUUGGGCGGCGGCGCAUUCCUCAUGCAGCCGACGACUCUCCCCAACAAGACCAAGGAUGAGCUCCAGACUCUGCUCCAGCCGUUCCUCAACGCGCUCGACGAGGCCUGCAUCGAGUAUAACUACAACAUUGAGCAGUACGACACCUUCCUGGACAGCUACAACGCCAUGAACCCGGAGCCCGCCGUCACCGAGUACAACAUCGGCGGCCGUCUUAUGCCCCGCACCCUCGUCGCCGACGACGCCUCGCUCGCUAACCUUACGGACGCGCUGAGCUCCAUCGCCGACAACGGAGGCCUCAUCUCGGGCCUCACCAUCAACGUCUCCCGGCCCGACGAUGCGGUUCCCAACGCGGUGACCCCGGCGUGGCGCUCGGCUCUCUUCUCCGCCGUCGUCGGAACUUCCUACAGCCGCGAAAAGUUCUCGACACUCGUGAUCGGCCAGAACGAGGUCACGGACGUUCUGCUCCCCAAGCUCAAGGCGCUGACUCCUGGCGGCGGGGCGUACCUCAACGAGGCGGACCGUAACGAGGCCGACUACGAGGACGUCUUCUACGGCGGCAACUACGCAAAGCUCAAGUCGAUUAAGCAGAAGUACGACCCCACCAGCACCCUCUACGCGCUCACGGGCGUGGGCAGCGACGACUGGGAGGUGCGGAGCGACGGCCGUCUCUGCAAGGUCGCGUAA